ACCUUCCAAUUUGGUAGCUUCAACUUUGCAGCUGCCGUGUCUCUUCGGCGUCUGGGAAGAAAACUUUCACAUCAAGAGUUGCUGAUGUGGAUUUUCUUUCUUUCUCCUGUCUGCGUUGAUGACGGCUUGGCUCCCGACAGAAGCCACUUGGCUCUCAGCUUUGUAGUUCGGAAGAAGUUGGGCCUAUAGAUUUUCCCCUAACUCUCAAUUGAUGUGUUGAGCUUCAGAGGGAAUAAUACCUUCGCUUAAAGCAUGUUGUCGUCUCAAGGAGUCCUCCUGCAUCCCUAUGGCGUGCCCAUGAUCGUCCCAGCAGCCCCCUACUUCCCUGGACUGAUUCAGGGUAACCAGGAAGCAGCAGCAGCCCCUGACACAAUGGCCCAGCCUUAUGCUUCGGCCCAGUUUGCGCCCCCUCAGAACGGCAUCCCCGCGGAAUACACGGCCCCUCACCCCCAUCCCGCGCCAGAGUACACGGGCCAGACCACCGUCCCCGAGCACACGUUAAACCUGUACCCUCCCGCCCAGCCGCACUCAGAGCAGAGCGCAGCGGACACGAGUGCGCAGACUGUCUCCGGCACCGCCACACAGACAGACGAUGCAGCACCAACGGAUGGCCAGCCCCAGACACAACCUUCCGAAAACACGGAAAACAAGUCCCAGCCCAAGAGGCUGCAUGUCUCAAAUAUUCCCUUCAGGUUCCGGGAUCCAGACCUUCGACAAAUGUUUGGCCAAUUUGGUAAAAUCUUAGAUGUUGAAAUUAUUUUUAAUGAGCGAGGCUCAAAGGGAUUUGGUUUCGUAACUUUCGAAAGUAGUGCCGAUGCGGACAGGGCGAGGGAGAAAUUACACGGCACGGUGGUUGAGGGCCGUAAAAUCGAGGUAAACAAUGCCACAGCACGUGUAAUGACAAAUAAAAAGACCGUCAACCCUUACACAAAUGGCUGGAAAUUGAAUCCAGUUGUGGGUGCCGUCUACAGUCCCGAAUUCUAUGCAGGCACGGUGCUGUUGUGCCAGGCCAACCAGGAGGGAUCCUCCGUGUACAGCGCCCCCAGUUCACUUGUAUACACUUCUGCAAUGCCCGGCUUCCCGUAUCCAGCCGCCACCGCGGCCGCAGCCUACCGAGGCGCGCACCUGCGUGGCCGCGGCCGCACCGUGUACAACACCUUCCGGGCCGCGGCGCCCCCGCCUCCCAUCCCGGCCUAUGGCGGAGUAGUGUAUCAAGAGCCUGUGUAUGGCAAUAAAUUGCUGCAGGGUGGUUAUGCUGCAUACCGCUACGCCCAGCCUACCCCUGCCACAGCCGCUGCCUACAGUGACAGAAAUCAGUUCGUCUUCGUUGCAGCAGAUGAAAUUUCUUGUAACACCUCUGCAGUUACGGACGAGUUUAUGCUGCCGACCCCUACCACCACACACUUGCUCCAGCCCCCACCUACGGCGUUGGUGCCAUGAAUGCUUUUGCACCCUUGACCGAUGCCAAGACUAGGAGCCAUGCUGAUGAUGUGGGUCUCGUUCUUUCUUCAUUGCAGGCUAGUAUAUACCGAGGGGGAUACAACCGUUUUGCUCCAUACUAAAUGACAAUACCAUAAGAACCUCCCCGUGUGGGGAGAAAGGAAGCUUUCCGAGGCCUGGGUAUUGCAAUACAUGCAGUAGUGCAUCAUUUUAGCCACUCUAAAAAAUAAAAAUAAAAUAAAAAGAGGAAAAACAAUUACAUUUUUUAUCUUAUACCUCAGAUAUUUUGUUCUGUGUAUUUUAAUAUUGUGGGUCUUUAAUUUCUGAAGAUUCCGUAGUUUGGUCGCUGGCGGUAGGAGUUUUUGUGGUUGAUCUAGAGAGAUGCUAGAUAUGCAUUUAAAAACAAAAACAAAAAAAACUGGUUUAGGGCCAUAUCCAGAGUGCUAUAUGGUGUAAAUGAAUUCUAUUAGGCUGAAUAUUAAGCUUACUGGGGGUAUCAGCUGUUCGGGAAGAGAGGAAGUGACUACAGCAGUCAUUGUUUCCUGCAUCUGUAUUAUUUUAGUUUAUGAAAGGAGAAGGGUGGGAGGGAUUGGGCUGGGGUUUGGCUAAAAUUAAAAAAAAAAAAAAAAGUAACUGAUGAAUCUAUACGACCCACUGCACCAAGUACCAUAGAAUAACUAUUCUAAGUUAGUCAUUGUCGAUUCAAGCCAAAGGUUACGUUGUUAAGGGGUUUGCUUCUAGUAUCACUUGUGCAUUGGAGUUGAAUGAAGCCGUGCAAACCCACCCUUUAAACCAUUCCACCCAGCAGUAUUCAGCUUCUUAACCAGCCACUAGUUAUUUAGGCAAAAACUGCUAGUUAGGCCAUCAACAAGCAUUCUUUUUAUAUUUCUUCCAGUCUAAUAAAUUAUUGAUAUCAUUGCUGACUUUUAUAUUAUGGGAGGGAAAAAAAUAACAUUAAUAAAAAGGUGAUAAAAAGCACUGUUUCUAUUUUUUUCUUUUUUUCCAAAAAAAAAGAAAGUAAUAAAAACUUAAAUUCUUUGUACCAGUUAAAAAAAAAAAAUGUAUAAAAUUUACAUCUGUGCAGUGGAGUUGUUAAGUUCUAGAAACAGUCUAUAAGCUUUAGUUUUAGCCUAGUAGAACAACUGUUAGAGACAGACGUAUAAUUUUUAUGGAAUUACAUGAUGAUCAUAUUCGGAUUUAUAGAAGCAUUUUACAAGUAUUGCAAUCAUUGAGUAGAGAUAAUCAUGGUAUUUUCAUCCGCUUGGGACUUUUUGAAACAUGGCUGUGUCGUGUAAGCAAUCUGCAAUUUUUCCGGCGGUGACAGCCUGCCCCCACACCCCCCACCUCGUAGCCCAACGAGUUUCUCAAACCGGUAUCUUUAGCUCCAUCGCCAAGGCCCAGGACACUUGUCAGAAAGAAGCAAAAAAGCAGGUCCACCCUAUCCCUGUCUGCAAAACAAAGGCGCCCCUCCCCUUGUCCGAUGCAGGGCCAGAGUGGCACAGCUGAAAAAUUGCAGUUUGUACUGUAUUUCUUCUGUUUGAACCCUUUUCAUGUUGUCCUGUUUACAAGUUCACCUGAGUUGGGGUGUCUGUCACGGGUCUUCCUGUUUUUGUAUUGAAAUAAAACAAGCAAACAAAUCGCCAACAACGCAGCAGGCUGGCCCCGAGUAGUUCUGCUGCGAUAGUUCCCUCCUCGUGUGUACGGUGCAGGCCCCACGCCGCGCACUUUAGUAAGGUAUCAACUCACUGCUGUUAAGCUGCCAAUCUGCUGUAACAACUCUGCUUUCAAACAAAACUUAAAAAAAAAAAAAGUGUUUGUGAUCAGCUUUCUCUUGUCAUCUUACAUGCAUGCAGUUAAGAUCAGUUGGAUAUUAAACCAUCAAUAAAGUUUCACAAGAUU